CGAAGACUUCUGGAAUAAUCAGACUCCGGGAAAGAAUAAUUAGAGUUGGGAAUAUAUAAGAGUGUUGCUAGUACCAUCGUAGAACUUCGCUUCAAGCGUCCCGAUGAAAAAAAAGAGGGCAACCAUGGCCGCGAUGGUUGAGGGAAAUUUAGCAAACAUAGAGAUUCUUCCCGAAGAUCUGCUAUUUAAGAUCCUUGUUCGUCUCCCAGCUCAUGAUAUCUGUCAUGCGGCAAUGCUGGUAUGCCGCAAGUGGUGCAACUUGAUCCGUAAUAAUAACUUCAAUCUGCUCAUUUACAGCGUAAUAUGUCUAGUGGACUUCUUAUGCAGCUUAUAGGUACACGUCAAGAUUUAGUUUUUAUAUCCAUGUGUCAAGGCCGGAUUGAGGUAUCCGAGUUUAGUAAGAAUCCCAAAUGUAUGAUUGGAGCCAGUUGUAAUGGGUUGGUUUUGGGGUUUGUAGAUGGAACUGAGUUUCCUCCUCAUGUUGUAAAUCCUGCAACUAAGCGAUUAUUCAUUCUCCCUCAAUUUUUUGGUGGGACAGUGAAGAGAUUUGAAUCUGGUAUAGCAUAUGCAGCAGCUUCAAAGCAGUAUAAAGUGGCUCUAACUUAUGGGAGAAAAUUUGCUAUACUAACUCUUGGAGUGGAUCACUCUUGGAGGCAUGUACCUACCCGAAAUUUAUCUGCUUCCGCUGAGAAACCAUCCUCAGUUCAUGUGUUAACCACUGAAGGGUUUGUGCAUUGGGCACCAAGUCCUCCUCAUGGCCGUCAAGUUAUGACUUUGGAUGUAGAGACUGAAAUUGUUACUGAGACUCCCUUCCCUCUUCCUCAAGAAAAAGAAACAAAGAUGUUUUACUUCUCAGCAGGAAAGUAUCUGUCUUUGUUGAUUGCCCGUGACGAAUUAGUAUGGGAUGUGUGGGAGAUGAAACCAAAAGACGGAGAAUGGACUGAGCGGCUUAUGAUCGACAUGAAUGCUCUAAAGUUUCCCCAUAAUUGUAACCUCCAUGGCAUUUACCCAGUUGGUUGGAUAGAAUACCCCGACGUGGUUGUCUUUGGUACACCUGGUCCCAAUUGCAUUGCCUACAACAUUCGUACAAACGAAACAGACUCAAUUGAGUUGUGUUUCCCUCCUUCAGGCUCUCGAUUUGUAGCCUACAAAAGUAGCCUGGUGUCAUCCCGUGGAUGCUAAGUUGAGGGCUUAUUUAUUUUUCACUUUGCCUGGUUGUUUACCUUUUGACUUAUUAGCUCUGACUUGGGUUCAGACCUUUAUCUUCCACCAGGAUUGAAGGACUUUUUCUUUCAUAAACAAGUAAUCACUAUUCAAGAAGCAGACUGUAAGGUCAUGUGCCUAGUGACUUUUUGUGUCUUUUAAUUUGAGUAGAUGAGUAACAAGUAAGGUCAUGUGCCUAGUGACUUUUUGUGUCUUUUAAUUUGAGUAGAUGAAUAAGCAUCAUAUUCUGUAUCCUAUUCUGAGUUGUAAUAGCUUGUUUUUUGUUCUUGCCUUUGUUUUUCUGGUUCUUUUUUAAUGCAUCUACUGGAGCUGUUAAGUGUUGUGUAUGUCAAUGGCUAGUUCUGGAGCUGGUAAAUGUGAUAAUUGCAUACUGCAGUAAUAAUUGUCUAUGGAAAUGCA